UUGUGUUUCAGGUGUUCUCCCCAAAAUGACUUCUAAGCCGCUAACGCUGCUCAACUUACCUAUAUCAAUUGCCAAUCAAGUUUUGGAGAAAUUGGGACCAGUGGAAAUACUAACCUGCCGAAAAGUGUGUCGAAAUUUACGGACCGCCAUUGAUAAACUCGGAACUCACUUCAACAAAAUCUCAAUUGAAUUGUGGAGUAACAGCGUUUUGUUAGAUUUUGACGGAAUUAAAAUCACCCACUCUGCUCGAUUCAAUGGUGGAUCAUAUGUUCUGUUCAAUGGGCGACGGAAAACCAUAGAAGGUGUAAACUAUAUGGAAGUAGCUUUCAAGGACUUGAAAAUACUUCUGAAGCAUACAUCUAAGUUAUACAUCUUGAAGAGAGGAAGAUAUAGAGGAAACAUUGUCAACUUUCUUGUAGACGUUUUGAAGGAGAAUGCACAUAUCCACGUAGAAACUUUAACUCUGGAUAAUUUUUCCGUUGAUGAUGUUUUAUUAAUCCUCCCGUUAUUCGAAAGUCGAACAUUCGAAGAAAUCACAUUGCGAGAAACGUUUGCACUUGACCAAUUUGAGCGGAUAACUCAUCUGGAUCAAUGGAAAAACGCGAAAAGAUUCAAUUUCUGGAUUUCCCCAUUUGAUUGUCCACCUAUCGAAUAUUUCUUUCAUUUUGAGGAUUUUACUAUUAAUAUUUAUAACAUUUCAAUGCAAAGUGUGAUUAAAGUUCGAGAUGAUCUGCUGCAAAGAUGUACGUUCCAGAAAUGCAUAUUUUUUGUUCUAAAUUUAAAUUUGGAUCCUGUUGAACUUGCAAGAGUAUUUCAACCGGACUAUGCUGGUGGCGAUGAGUUCAAACUGGAUUAUUCAAACGGGAAAUCUAAAUUUGAAAUAAAUUUUGGAGAUUGUUCCUUUCGUGAUGGCAUUUGGAAGUUUGAAAUCAAAAAAUGCUGACUAAUUAUAUAUGUUUUGUAUUUCAGUUUCUUUUUUAUUUUUGAUCGAACCAUGUCAUUUUAAGAAUCAUAUGAAACUUUUGCAGUAUA